GUGCAGCCCCGCCGUGCCCGUCUCUCUCCCACGCUUCGUCUUCGCUAAUUGCACCACCAGGCCAACCCACCCCAAGCCUACCCGACAGGGUGCAGCUGAGGUCUGUCCACUCGCCUUCCUCACCACUACUAUUUUCCCUCUUCCCCUCCUCUUUCCUCUUCCUCUGCUAAAAUCACUCCAUCUACAAACUGCGCCUGCGACUGCGACUGUCGCCCAACUAUUCCUCCACCAGCGCCAACAGACAUACUCACUCUUUCAGUCUGAAUGUCGGGUCUGGAGUCACUCAUGUCGCACACCUGAUCGCUCUUUUACCCCCCACCUGACAAACUCGCACGGAUUGCGAGAGUGCAUUGAGUAGCAAUUCAAACUGAUCCUCUCACCACAUCCUCACCGACACCACACCGAUUUCCAGUCUUCCCACGUCUUCCUCAUCGUGAGUGAGGAAUAUAGGCCACAAACUCUCUCGUUCAGCAUACAAUGUCAAGUUAUCGAGGCCGAACCGGGCCCAACUUCUCCGAGUACCUGAACAACCUCAAUUCGUUGCCCUCUCCUUACGACCCAGAUCAAUUCCAAACCGAGGAAAUCGACGAUCUUGCCAUGUUCACCAACACUGACUUCACCCACUUUGAUAUUCCCCCUUUGGCCGAUGAUGCCCAGUUCAACUUCGAUCUGAACGAGUCCAAGAACAACACCAGCGUCAAGUACGAAGAUCUCCUUAGUGGAUCCGAGCCCAUUCAAGGCUUCCACCCGCAAACAAUCCCAACAACAGCAGCCGAGUCAACCCAGUUCUUCGGUUCCUACAAUACUCCCAUCCAGCCCGCCCCGACUCCCGGCUAUGGGAACAUGGAGAACCGUUCCUCACCAACCUCCACCACAGGCGGCGGGCAUCCAGCUCGUCCCAAAGCCGAGUCAACUGACAACCUCAAUCUGAACACUGAAGAGCGGUCACGAAUAGCUGCAGAAGAGGAUAAGCGGCGUCGAAACACUGCAGCCAGCGCCCGAUUUCGAAUCAAGAAGAAGCAGAGAGAGCAAGCAUUGGAAUCGACCGUCCGAGAAGCUCAAGAGAAGAGCGCCAAACUCGAGGCGCGGGUCAACCAAUUAGAGAUGGAGAACAAAUGGCUGAAGGACCUGAUAACGGAGAAGAACGGAAUGCAAUCCAAGGAGGAGAUGGCAGCGGCCUAUCAAAAGUAUCGCAAAGACAGUGAAGAGCGUGACCUGAAAGCUUCUGAACACACCACCGGUGUUGGAACCAAAUAAUCUGGUGACGAAACCCAAAGGGAAAAUUUCCAUGUUCUUUAGACUGUUUUAUUCACGGUAGCCUUGGGCUUUGAUUAUGAUACCAAACAAAUCAUAUUCUUGCUACUCA